CUUAACAAAGGAAACCAGGGCAAACCAAGGUGCCUCCUGCCUGCAUGGACGCAGGCGUUGAAGGAGCAGCCGGGGUGGGGAUGGGGAUGGGAUGUCCAGCUGGUGGCUCCGCUGGUGCUCCCGCGGGCGGCAGCCCGCUGCCGCCUCGCCCCCUCGCAUCCCUCCGGCGUCUGUCGCCUGCAGGCUUUAAUUGCACACCACUACUGCCGAAAUCAUCGUUUUACGGAAAGAUGGGAAGUGCCUGUGUUUCGGCGCCAGCGCGCUUCGCCGAUUAAUCGCCUUUAUUUUGCAAUUCUCUGCCAAAAACCAAAGAGUGGAGCUGCAAAUACCCAUUAUUUCUGCAUAGAUGAUGAACUUGUGUAUGAGAACUUCUAUGCAGACUUUGGACCACUCAAUCUGGCAAUGGUCUACAGAUACUGCUGCAAGCUAAAUAAGAAAUUAAAGUCAUUUUCAUUGAUAAGGAAGAAAAUAAUCCAUUAUACUGGCUUUGAUCAGAAAAAACAAGCAAAUGCUGCAUUCCUCAUAGGCUCCUACGCAAUAAUAUACCUGAGAGAAUCCCCAGAAGAUGUGUACAGGCUUAUAUUGGCUGGAAGCAUUUCGUAUCUUCCUUUCAGGGAUGCUUCCUUUGGUACUUGCAGUUUUCAUCUGACAUUACUGGACUGUUUUCAUGCAAUAAACAAGGCUUUGCAAUAUGGUUUCCUGGAUUUCAAUACAUUUGAUGUAAAUGAAUAUGAGCAUUAUGAAAGAGCAGAAAAUGGAGAUUUUAACUGGAUAAUACCAAACAAAUUCAUUGCCUUCAGUGGACCUCAUUCAAGAAGUAAAAUUGAAAAUGGCUAUCCCCACCAUGCUCCAGAGGCUUAUUUCCCAUACUUCAGGAAACAUAAGGUCACCACUAUAAUACGCCUCAACAAAAAAUUGUAUGAUGCCAAACGAUUUACAGAUGCUGGAUUUGAGCAUUUUGACCUCUUCUUUGCUGAUGGAAGCACACCUAGUGAUACUAUAGUUAAAACAUUUCUAAAUAUUUGUGAAAAUGCUGAAGGUGUUAUAGCCGUUCAUUGCAAAGCUGGUCUUGGACGAACUGGAACGCUUAUUGCCUGUUACAUUAUGAAGCAUUAUCGGAUGACAGCUGCUGAAACUAUUGCCUGGAUUAGAAUAAAUAGACCUGGUUCAGUGAUUGGACCACAGCAACACUUCCUGAUGGACAAGCAGGCAGAACUUUGGACAGAAGGAGAUAUUUUCCGUGCAAAGUUGAAAGGAAACCGUAAAAUUGCUGUAACAAGAAUUCUGUCAGGAGUAGAUGAUAUUUCAAUUAAUGACACGAGAAACAGGAGAACCAUCCAGAAGGACAUUGAACUGUACAGUGACGAAGAUGAAACAAACUGUGUAACACAAGGUGAUAAGCUUCGUGCUCUGAAAAGUAGAAGGCAGGCAAAAGCUCCAACUGCAUCUCCACUAACCAGCCAAUCCGUCCCAAGGACUAGAACAGUAUUGCGUUAAAUUUCAAAGAAGCAACCAGUGUUGAAGAGCAUAUUCAGGAGUAAAGGGGAUGUGACUAGAGGGGACUUGAUGCAAUUCAAGGAAGAUUACUUUGGCUCCAUUUUUCAUCAAAAGUGAAACAGAAGAAUCUCUUCCGUACUUCUAGAAUAAAAUGAACCGUCAACAUGCUUGGUAGAGACUUUCCUAAUGUGCUAACACUUCCUCAAACAAAACCAAUAAAAUCUGUGUACCUUGAGACUCAGGUGUAAAUACUUAAGCUCUCUAUUAUAAAGAGGGCUUGCUAGUAUGUAUGAUGCAUGUGUAUAAAUUGUGAUGGCAAUCACUUAGCUGCUGACCACCAGAAAUGAAAAGAUGGUGGGAGCUUUUAAAUAUAUAAAUCUGUGUUGUCCAUUCAGACUGGGCUCAAGUC